GAGUACUUUCACGGCCGGAACCGAUGGGUGGAGUACAGCGACGACGCGUAUCUCGAUUACGACGCCUCGCAGAUACCGGCGGAAUGGCACGGAUGGAUGCACUACACCACUGACAUACCGCCCACUGUUAAGCCGCCCGUGAAGUACAAGUGGAUGUGCGACGAGCAUCGCGUCAACUUUACCGGCACUCAUCUCCAGUACGUGCCCUACAGUACCACCAGAGAGAAGAUCCAGAAGUGGGACAAACGGUUGCCGCAGAUCACCGCUAGUGAGAAGUAG